AUGAGCGCAUACGGUGCUGGCAAAGCAGGCGAUACUGAUUUCCGACGUAAAUGGGAUCGAUCCGAAUAUGCAGAGCGCGCACGCGCUCGAGAAGAACGAGAUCGUUUGAAUGAAAAGAACGAAGACCGAAAACGACGAGGAUUACCAGCAAUAAAGCCUAAAAAUGAACAGGACGAUCAACAACCCAAGGAACUGAUGAAGAUGCGUGAAAACAAGAUACAGUUGGAUGCCAAUCUGGGCAAAAUUCAAGUGGUUCAAGGAGGUGCCACGGGUGAAGCGUCAAGGCAGCCAGGCUUUUAUUGUAAAGCAUGUAAUAUUGUGGUGAAAGACAGCGUUAAUUAUUUAGAUCAUAUCAAUGGCCGGAAGCAUCAACAGGCCGUGGGCGUGCAGUUAAAGGUUGAGCGAGCAUCUGUUGACUCUGUGAAGGACCGUUUGGCCUUGCUGAAACGGAAAAAGGAAGCGCCUGAAGAAGAGGAAUAUGGUAAGAGAGAGACUGUGUGUUAUCUGUUUAUUACGUAG